AUGUGUUCAUCGGCCUCGAUCGAGGAGUUUCGCAGGUUCCUUUCGGCUGAAGAAGCCACGCAGAUAUGCAAACAGUUUCACACUGGUCGGUGGCAACAGGGAUGUCAGGUCAUGUGGAGUGGAGUUCCGCGGGAUGUUGUGCAGCAAUGGGCCGAUCGGAAUGGAAUGCAGACGCUCACUACUGCUAUGGGGCCCUUGAUGGAUAACACGCAGCCCCAAUGCCGUCGUCCACAGAGGCCGAACAAGCAAUGGAGCAGGUAUAUGAAGGGCGCAUGCGCUAUGUUUGCAUACCACAUUGCCCAGGAUGGAGGCGUUGUGACUGUCCUGUCGCCGCCACCACCACACACAUACAAUCCUUACGGGGGUUCCAACUACCAGACCCUUGAGGAGCCAGUCCUAAAGGGAAAACUAGGCCCCAAGGUGGCAAGAAUCGACAUGGUGCAUCCAACCGUAGUCGGUGCUGGUGAGUUUCGCAACCAGCUCUGGCCACAUGACCAGACAAGGAUCUGGGAGGAAAGAUUUGGCCACCCUGCGGUCGAUCUACACUGGCGCCAUGUGACUCCACGCCAAUCUCUCACCUUGGCUUAG